AGAAAUUUGCAUGGGAUGUUAUGAAGUCGGAAUAACAAGUUCAUGUUGUACCGGAAGAGGGCGACAGCAUUCAGUCAGCAGGAAUCACAGCAUCCACCAAAUAUUGAUGUACUUUCUUAUUCUAUAUUAACUCUAACCGUGUACACAAUGAGAAUAGCCCGUUUCCGAUGGUCUACUGUGUGAUUCUACACAUAACUCUGCAUUUAGACUCCCGUUUAGACUCCUCUCGUUUAUUGUAACGACGAUUACAUGUUGCCAUAGUUACCAAAAAGUUAAAAAAUUAACUGAAUAAAAAAUCUCCGUCCAUCAAACCUACAAGUACAUAUUGUGCCAGUUGGUGGGAUAUUUGCAAUAGUUUGAUGUUAGUAAAUAGAAUAUUCAAGUUUAAGUCACCACUAAUGCGUUCGUGCGCAGCAUGUUAUGGGGGGAAAAUACUUCAUCCAAUUAAUUUACAACCCUACAUCUUAUUUUGUGAGGAGUGAGAGGACGGAUGGGUGUAAUGCAACUUGUUGAGCGGUUAGGUCGGUCAGUGCGGGUCAGAUAUCUUCUUCUUCUGCUCUAACGUGUCGGCCCACCGCGGCCAUCGCUCCUUCGUCCCGGCGCCGUCAAAAAGUGAAGGAUGUCGUCGUACCCCUCGGCUUGUGCAACCCUCCCCCACGAACCACCUUCACCCAUGACCAUCGAUCACGGCCAGGUGCCGGGACCCGAGCCCGGUCUGAUGGAGAUGUCCGAGGUCGAGUACACACACCUCCAGCACCUCUUCCACCCACACCUGGAGCCGCACGCCGUCGCCCUCUCAGACGCGCCCGCCGCCAGGCGCCACGCUGCGACGGAUAAGGACGAAGCUCCGGCUUUGCCCAUCGUCACCACUCGAGCUAUUGACCUGGCGACCUUGACCGAUGAACACUACCAGGUGAUGCCAGGAGAGAAGACGCCGGGUUCUCCCGGGGUGGUCCCGGGUUCCGUGCUGGCCAGGGUCCGAGGCCAAGACACCCUGACUGAGAUGCGCGCUUCACAGGCGCGAACCAGAUCGGGCGCCAGGGUCUGCUUGGAGAAAAGGUUCAACGCCCUGUCCGCCGACACCCCGAGACCGCAAGUGGUCCAGUCCGCUGGUUUCAGCAAUUUUCUGACAAUGCUUCAGCAGUCGGCAGAGGCGCAAGAGACAGUUGUACACGUGGCGAAUCCGUUUGAGGAUUGCUUCCCGCACGGAGGCGGCGUAUUUGACCAAGUCACCAACAUAUGUGAACAAGUGAUUAGCAAUAAUCCUUACAUGGUUGAACCCAACAAGCAUCCAGUCCGGGUCGUCACGAAAGCCCACUACACAAGUGGCAGCAACUCAACAGAGGAGCAGCAGUUGGUGACCAUAGGAAAUGACGCGGCCGUCUUCAGGAAGCACAGAAGCCCCCGCGGCCCCAGACCCGGCCGGCCUGCGUCGGCUUCCCCGGACUCCGCCGGAGGAUGCGGGGGCGGCACCUCGAAAAGAGCUCGACCUCAUAUGUCACUCAUCCAGCGCAGGGAGAGACACAACAACAUGGAGAGGGAACGCAGGAAGAGGAUCCGUUUGUACUGUGACGAGCUGAACAUGCUGGUGCCGUUCUGUGACUCGGAUACAGACAAAGUCACCACCCUGCAGUGGACCACCGUCUUCCUCCAAUACCUCCAGCAAACAUACGGAAACGCCUUCAAAGAAGAGUUCCAGAACGCAUGCGCUGAUGGAAAAGAAGCCUUUCUUAAUUCCAGCUCUUCUCUCGGCCUGGACGCGAUCUACCAGCUGACGGAUGAGGCUCUGGGCAUCUCUCAUGGGGUCGAGCAAUGACCCUCUCACUGCGACACACGUGUGAGUACGUUUAGGAUAGCUAGUGGCUAAGGGUUACGCCCAUGGGUUGUAACAUUAGAAACGACAAAAUGCCUCCUCUUGAGAGGAGCUCUGCUUCGGACGACAUGACGCUUGUUUCGAAAGUGGAAAGUUUCCAGUCUCGGUUCCACCGGAUGCUGCAACAUGUCUGGUCUACUCCAGCAAACCCCUCUGCGUCAGGAUAGUGAUGGAAGGUAUUCCUUCCACACACACACACACACAC